AUGGCACAAUCAGCCCAGGGUCCGCUGAAUGUUCAAGACCUUGAUGCUAGUCAGCUGGCCAGCGUCAAGGAACAACUCGACCAGGAGUUGAACCAUUUGACCAACUCAUUUGCCCAAUUGCAAGGCGCGAUUGCUAAAUUUAAUACCGGAAUCGAAUCGAUCGACGUUAUCCAGAAAAACCAAGAACCUAUCCUCGUUCCUUUGACCGCCUCUCUGUAUGUUCCGGGCAAACUGAAGGAUCCUUCGCGCAUAAUGCUUGAUGUCGGGACGGGUUACUUGAUCGAUCAGCCUAUUGCGUCUGCUAGAAGCUGUCUGAAUCGUAAAGUGUUGGGCCUCGGAGUGAACCUUGAUCAACUGCAAAGUACGAUCGAAACUAAACAGGAGCAUCUCGGAUUGGUACGAGAGCUCAUUCAGAUAAAGACUAGCGCCCGGCCAGCCCAAUCAGAUCCCAAGACUUCUUAG